UCUGCGCGUGCUCGGCGUGCUCGCCGCCGUCUGGUUGAGCAGAGACAGGAGGUGCAUCGCGCAAGGAGACGGAAAGCUGUUCAGCAGAAGUACCCAAUAAGGAGCUGGCCGCCUCCAAGUUGUGCUUCAUGGGGCAGGCAGAUAGAUUCCAGGAAGCCAUCAGCAACACCCUCAGCCAUAUGCAACAGCUUCUCGUUGCUCCUGGGAACUCGUUGGAGGCUGUGCGGCUCGCGAGGAGUCCCGCGUUGGACUUUGAUGCACUCUGAAGCUGAGGAUUACAGAGUUGCUUAUGCGCAUGACUGUUUUGCUUACAUGUCCACUCCGAGGGAGUUGCAGCGACAACAUAAGGUAGAUGACUUAGCAUGCAUUCACGUACGGCAUCCUGUACAAUGAUCCUCAUUUCGAGAUGCCGUAUGAGCUCAACCAAGGCCGGUUGACAACAGCAAUCCUAUCAACCCGAUGUUGUACCAGAUGCAUGCCCAGCAGCAGUACUAGGAGAUGGUGCCACCAGCAGUGCUGGAGUAGUCGAGGCAGCAUGGCAUCAAGUACUGCAUGAUUGUAAGGGUCAGAGUAGACCACAUAAUCAACUUGAAGAGCCUGACAAGCAACUAUCCGGAUUUUGCCCUGUGGUACUCGCGCUCCAUGGCAGCGAUUGUCAUCCCGCAGCCGGGAUGGGACUUUUUAGAUACGAUGCCGGCGGUUGGGGGUUACCAAUUGGAGUGCCACCAAGAUGGGGGGAACCAAUAUAGAAGAGGGUGGGGGCCUCCUGAGUACAUGCAGUUUACAUGAGACGGUGAAGCCAUUCUUCAACAAGAUCCACAUAGAGAGUGGCCGCCAGGGCCGAAAGGGCCGCGCUUGGAGCUUGCGUAUGCACAUACCACGUAUGGCGUCCUUGUCAAUCAGGUUGAAGAUGACCACAUGCAGUAUUUGGAGGUUCCGCACAACAGAAUGAAAGGGCUCAUCAAGCUCACCGGUCAUAUGAGUCAUAUGAUAUGACUCAGAAUUCUCAGAAAAGGCUAUUUGAGACUCC